UUGGAGAGACAGGCGGAACCUGUGGGUAGUUCUUGAGCCCCUGUCCCAGAGUAGGUGACUUUAAGAAUUGGGAAGCGCUUUAGACAGAAAUAAUUGCCGUUUAUUGGGCGUUUACUAUGUGUCAGGGACUACACCUCUUUUGCUUUUCUCAAUAUGUAAAUCCUGUGUGGCAGAUACUAUUACUAUCCACAUUUUACACGUAGGGAAACUGAGGCACAGAGCUUAAGUAACUUGCAUGAGAUCACAGAGCUGUAAUAGGAAAGGAGUCCGGAUUCCAAAGUCAGUAGCGUUAAUUCCCAGUAUGUAGCCUUCCAGUAUAUUCCAGAACUGCUGUUUCCAGAUGAAAAACUGAGGCCCAGAGGUGAAAUUACAUAGCUAACGUUUGUCACAUGUUUGACACGUUUUCUGUAAAAGUCUGUCUUUGCCUCUUUCCCUUGAAUUCCUGUUGGCUUGGGUCACUUCCCAGAGCAGAGGUCCCCCAGCUUCAAGGUUCUUCCUACCCACCCCCCGACAAUUCUGUCUCUCCUCCACCUCUGGGCUCUUCUCUUGCUCCUUGGGCGCUGAGAAUCAGACCAGCCAGCCCUGGUUGAGCUAUGCUGACCUGAAAGCACUUUUUGAAGGAGCAUAGGAGGAAUCUGAGUCCCCACAGGAGACUUGGUGGGAUCAAAGUCUGGUAGCUGAUUAAGGCCAGCACCCAGCCCAGGGCUGUCAUCCGGGAAUGCUUGAUGAGUCAGAGGAGAGCACCCAGGGAGCCCAGACCUCAGAAUAUUGACUCUUCCUCCAUCUUACCUGCUCAGCGACUGGCCGUCCCAGCCUGUUCCUGCAUCCUGAUGUCCUAUGACCAUGUAGAACUUACGUUCAGUGACAUGAGGAAUGUGCCAGAGGCCUUCAAAGGGACCAAGAAAGGCACCGUCUACCUUACCCCGUACCGGGUCAUCUUUCUGUCCAAGGGGAAGGAUGCCAUGCAGUCCUUCAUGAUGCCGUUUUAUCUGAUGAAGGACUGUGAGAUCAAGCAGCCUGUGUUUGGAGCAAACUACAUCAAGGGAACAGUGAAGGCUGAAGCGGGAGGUGGCUGGGAAGGCUCUGCGUCGUACAAGUUGACCUUUGUGGCAGGGGGCGCCAUUGAAUUUGGGCAGCGGAUGCUACAGGUGGCAUCUCAAGCCUCCCGAGGUGAAGCCCCCAACGGAGCCUAUGGUUACUCUUACAUGCCCAGCGGGGCCUAUGUCUUCCCCCCACCAGUCGCCAAUGGAAUGUACCCCUGCCCUCCUGGCUACCCCUGUCCACUGCCCCCAGCUGAGUUCUAUCCGGGACCUCCCAUGAUGGACGGGGCCAUGGGGUACAUGCAGCCCCCGCCGCCGCCCUACCCUGGGCCCAUGGAGCCUCCAGUCAGCGGCCCCGAUGUCCCCUCCACUCCUGCAGCUGAAGCCAAGGCCGCCGAAGCAGCCGCCAGCGCCUAUUACAACCCAGGCAACCCACACAAUGUCUACAUGCCCACGAGCCAGCCUCCGCCGCCUCCUUACUACCCCCCAGAAGAUAAGAAGACCCAGUAGACCGCUCACACCCACCUCCUCCCGCCUCUCUGCUCUCUCCUCCCCUCCCCUUGGGGCUGAGUCUGGGGUGGGGGGCGGGCCUCGUCCUUUCUCCAGGUCUGAUUAUAAAGCAGUCGCCAGGAACUAGCCUGGCAGGGGGAGGGCCCCUUGACUUGGAUGAAUAUAAAGCAGUCUCCAGGACGUAGCCUUGAGGGGUGCGGGGAGCGGUGCCUCCCAGCUUCCCACGUGAGCCCAGAGCCCACAGCGCUUCCCUCUCAGCAUCCCCGGGGGGGCGUCCGCCUCGUUCCUGUCCUGCUCUCAUAGCUUCUACCCACGGAGGGACUCUCUGGCCACCUCCUCCGCCGCAGUCCAGCUCUCUCGUUUUGUAGCCACUUUAUCCUCACGAGCUUUGCCCUCCCCAGGGACCCCUGCCAGGCCCUACUCACAUUCCAUCCACUCUGGUCUGUACCUGGCUGUGGAAGGCCAGCUGUCUGCCGGACUGUCAGCCUACGUUCCAUUCCCAGCCAGCCUCAGCCCCCGUCAUGCUCGCCUUCCCUUCCCUGUCCUUGGUCAUCCUGUUGCCACUGCUUUUGACUUCUGGAGCUUUCCCACGAGCCACCAGGGGGUGGGUGGCGUGAGGGCCAGGCUGCUGCAGCUGGGGAGGGAGCCCCUCUGCUUCCCUGCUAGUUUUUCUGGAAUUUGUUUCCCUUUGCCUUCUCUCUUUUCCCUCUAGAAGGGGCUUCUUGGACUGGAACUGCAGAAUGCAUGUCCACUUGGGGGCUGCCGGGAGGGCUGGGAACAGACCCCUGGGGCCUGGCCUGGCCGCUGACCAUGACCUCUCGCCAGCCCCUUAGCCUGCCCUCUUCCCUUUAAGCUUCUUGCCUGGUUGGUGAUACGCCCCUGGAUGCACUAAAAUUCGCUCCCGUUUGCUCCUGGCCUGGCUGUGGAGAGAGGAAAUGGUUAUUUAAAGAGAAUUCCCUAUUUAUUUGACAAAAAAAUUCAGUUAAUAUAUUAAUGUGAAAUAAACCCUGUUUGCACCUUGA